AUGAACACAUUAUUUAGUAACUGUGCUCAAGUUAUAAUCGUAGCUGAACAAAGCAAGUUGACAUUAACGGGUUUCGUUGAAGGCUCAUGGCGUUUUCUCAUAAAUAUGAAUGCAGAAAUGUUUAAAUCAUUGUGUUGUCCAUAUAAAAAAAUUUUCCAGUUAGAGGCCGAUAAUAAUAUUGCAAAUAUAUUCCGUGAAAGUAAAGAUGUCACAUCAAUAAUACUUUCAGAACAUAACGAAUCAACCUCUAUUCACAAUUUUCUUUCCAUUGAAACUAUUGAAAAUGGAACAAAAAUCAAAUAUACUUUUGUUUAUGACUUAUUAAAUGAAUUCGAUAUCGAAUUGAAUGCGAACGUAAACCUAUUUAAAAAUUCAUGGUCCGUUCCUUCAACAACUCUUGAUAAAUGGGUGAAGAUAAUUGAUAAAAAUUAUGAAGAUAUUCGCUUUAACCAUGGAGUUAAUGUUCUUAAUAUAAAAUGUAUCAAUGAUGGUUCGGAUGCCAAUGAUGAAAUUAAUAUAUAUGCAUAUAAAAGUGAGUUUGAUACAUACAAUAUUGAAGAACAGAAAAUUUUUUCUUUGGUUUCCUUUGCAAAAUCCACUAAUUAUCCAUUUAGUGUACAUUUUGAACCAAAGGAAGGAACUUUAACAAGAUUAUCAAUUUUAUCAUAUAAAGUACUGUGUAUAAGUGAAUAUCAAAAUAUAUUUGACUUUAAGGCAUUAUUAUCUACGCGAAAGUUUAAUCCAUCAAAUCCUGAUUAUAGACAAACUAUGGAACAAAUAAGUCAAAUGGAAAAUCGGCCAAACAUUAUUAGAGAAAAUGGCAAUUUGAUUUUUGUACGAGAUGAUUCUUUUUAG